GGCUCGAAGAACACUGGACCCUCGUGAAUCUAGUGGGCUAGUCAGCAGAAGCAGCAGACACAACUUUCACCAGGGUUGUGUUUAUUUAUGCGAGCUGUACGGUCUCCAGAGCAAAGUUAGACUCCAGAAUUCAGCACCGGAGCUGUCCAGCCUCCGCUCCCUCAGCUCGUGCCUCACAACGACGCUGUUUGCUCGGCUGCGGAAUAUUUGUUUGACAGGGUUAAACACUUUACACUGACCGCCGCGAUUACACACGCAUAGCCUUCACUGACGAAAGCAAACCUUGAAAUGACUGCUGGCAGCGCAUGAGAGAGAGGAGCAGAAGAAAUCGAGUCCCAAGUACCGGAACACCAUCCCAUUUCCUCCAGCCAUGGGUGUGCUGAUGUCCAAGAAGCAACAGGUGGAGAAGGUACAGAAGUGCAGCGUGGUGGUGUCUGCAUUUAAAGACGGUCUGAAGGACCGGGCGGCACCAGCGGCUGGGGCCCCGACUGAAGAGGUCAUAGCCGAGAAUGGGGAUGGAUCUGCUGAUGGAUCCCACCAGGCAAGCAAGGAGCAGACUGAACAGAAAGACAAGGACAGCAAACCAGGGUCAUUACCGAAUCAGCAGGCCUCAGCUCCGCCUAGAGAGGAGCAUAAGGCCAAUCAGGAGGCUUGGGGGCGGCUCCGCGAUGGGAAGGGGGUGGAGCCUGAGGAUUUAAAGAAGGCACAUCAGCUCAUUCCUCCUGCAUUUGUGCGGCCAAAGAGAGAGGCCAACGAUGACCAACCAUUGGAUGUGCCGCUUGGGCAAAGAGAGCAGCCCGUCAACGAUGAGAUGUGCGAGGUGUGUGAGGUUUGGACGGCAGACGAUCUGUUCCCCUGCCGGAUGUGCACGCGGGUCUUCCACGACGGCUGUCUGCGGGAGAUGGGUUACCUGAGCACUGAAGCUCUGCAGGAGAUGAGAGAGACGGCCCACACCACCAGCGGCUGGAGCUGCUAUUACUGCGAUAAUGUGAACCUGCUGCUUACUGAAGAAGAGAUGUACAGUCUGAUAGAAACCUUCAAACAGUGCAAGAUCAUCCCAGAGUCGUGCCUGGUGUCAGAUGAACUCCUGCAGUACAGGCACUUUGUGACCAAGCAGCUCUUUGAAAGAGACUUGACGGAUGAGGAGGAAGAAGAGGUUCUGGCCCAGUUUGCAGCGCUGGAUCCAGACAAGAAGGGUCAGAUUGAGUGGUUGGACUUCCUCUAUCACGAGUCACUUUCAGUGCUGCAGAAGUUCCGGACUGAGAAUUCUCUGGUGAGAAUCCUCACAGCGAAGGAGAGGGAUCGAGGACGGGCCAUAUUUCAGAGUAUAGACCAGGACAAAGAUGACAUCAUUACUGCCGGAGAAGCCAGAAAAGCCCAAACCUCCUGGUUCCACAAGAUUAACAAAGAAUCACAGUCCUGCAGUGUCAGACUCAUGGGAUUGUGUUCCCCUUUGUUCAGUAUGGGUAUCAGCCAUGUUGGUCCAAUAUCUGAGAGCAGUCCUGCCAGUUCCAGCAGCGAGAGAAGCAGAGAUAAAGCUUUGGAGAAUGACAACAGACCUGUUACCUGGGACAGCUUCCUGAGGGAGAGCGCCAUCUACAUCCUGGCUGCCAGGCCCAACAGCUCAGCCAUGCACAUCCGCUUACCACUCUAAACCACGGCCACAUAGCUUGAGACUUCCAGAGGGGCUUCCCAGAUCCAGAUUCAUGAGAGAGCAGUGCUUAGGACUAAACCAAGAGUCUUAUGAGAGUCAAAUACAAAGGAGUACGCCACCACAUGCGAAGUCUGUACAAGCCAACAAAGGAUUCUUCCUAUAAUGCCACAAUCUAAUAGCGACACACUGUCAAAUUCAACGCUACUGAACAAUAGCACAUCUGACACUCACUUUUUACGAGCUUGUAUGGUUUCGUUUUUGUGACCAAGUAACGAUCAGAGAACCUGCUGCGAGAAACACUGUCACACAUUAACAGAUUUACAGCACCACAGUGUUUGCAUAGUGUUUUUGAUGUUAACGUUUUGUAUCAAUUUUGAGUUGUGGCUCUAGUCGGAUGAGUUGCGAUCGAUGGAUCGAUGUGAGAGCAGUGGUUGAAUCAUUGCUUAUCUAAUUUCAGUCACCACAAAAUAUGAAUAUAAUAUAGUGGGCAACAGCGGUGCCACACAGAAAUCAAAGUGAGAUGCUAUAUACAGUAUAGAUACUAUAUACAGUCUAUAUACAUAUAUAUAUAUGAUAUACAAAAUAUUGUAUGUGUAUUUAUUCCCAUACCUUCAGGGAUGGAUUAUGGACCGGGCCAAUGAGCUUCCAGACUAAAGUUGAGACAUGGGGUAAAUUGUUGUUGACAGACAACUUGUAAUUAAGAUUCUGUAAUAAAAAGAUUGCCAUCAAUUAGAA